AUGAAUGAAAACGAGAGAAGAAAAAGGUGGAUAGCUGCUUGUCGUUUAAGCAGUUUAAAUGUCACAAGACAUACAAGAAUUUGUUCAGCACACUUCGAAGGUGGUUUAGGACCCUCAAAGCUUAAUCCUGUCCCAACAAUUUUCAGUUUCCCGACUCAUUUGCAGCCCAAAACCCGACGGAAGCGAACAGAUCCAGAGGAAAGGAGACGAGGAGCUUUGAGCUGCAUACAAAACAAAACCAAGACUGCACCAAGGAGACAAGCAGGUAAAACUGACAAAAACAAGGAAAACCCGGAACCAUUGGGCCUGUCAUCACAACUGCAGGAAACUGCGUGCUCGAGCGACAUGGAUUUUAUUUUUUCUGAAGAGUGUGAGAUUAAAACUGAACAGACACCUGAUCCAAGAUCCCUUGCAGACAAGUGUAUCCAAACCGACCUUACCUGUGAAGAUAUCGACUGCAUGGAAGCAGCCAAAGCUAAACUGGAAAAUAAACCAGAACUGAAGAGAGAAAUGUUUAUAGACGACGUCCUAAAAAGCAACAAGUCCGUGUGUUUCUACACUGGAUUGCCCUCCUAUGCCUGUCUUAUGAUGUUGUUUCCCUUUCUGAAACCAUUUGCAAAUGCAAUGAAAUAUUGGGACAACAAGAAAAAGGGACAGAGGGAAACGUAUCAGGUAUCUUAAUAUUAUUACACAGCAGUCUUGUUAAUAUUUCCUUUCAUUUGUUUUGAUGAACAUUAUGGCAUAAAAUGUUUACACAGCAGUCUUGUUAAUAUUUCCUUUCAUUUGUUUUGAUGAACAUUAUGGCAUAAAAUGUUUCAUGUUUGGUAUAAAUAGCAAUAUAGACCCUAUGCAAAAAUGGGUACCUUUGAAUUUUUUUGUUCGUAUUCAAAAUAGCCUCACUAACCUCGAUCGGGAUAACAUAUUCUUUACAAAUUUUGUCUCAAAAACGACGUUAGCGAGGCUUUUUUAAAUAUGAACAAAAUGAUAAUAUAUGCAUAGGGUCUAUAACAUGAUAUAUUAUGUUAUUAUGAUUUCCAACUAUGUGAUAAUUGCCUAAACAUUUUGCUUCAGCAACUCAACUGCACGUUUUUACUUUUAUUACAGGAAGAUGAACAUGUUAACAAGCCGGGACCAAAGAGGCAGAUGCCAUUAUUUUCUGAAUUUUUAAUGGUUCUUAUAAGACUCAGGCUUGGACUGUUACAGAGUCACCUGGCAGACAUUUUUGCAAUUUCACAAAGUUCAGUUUCCAAGAUUUUUACAACUUGGAUUAAUCUUUUGUAUCAUGUAUUUAAGGAAGUUCUUAUAAUAUGGCCUGCAAAGGUUCAAAUUCAAAAGCACAUGCCUAAGAGCUUUAGUAGGUAUCCUCGGACCCGUGUAAUUAUUGACUGUACAGAGUUUUUUUAUAGAGAAGUCCACUCAACCUUCAGCUCAGAAAAUUACUUGGAGUGAUUACAAGUCACAUAACACUUUCAAACUCUUGGUUGGUAUUUCACCCACUGGAGCCUUCACAUUUGUCUCUAAACUUUGGUCUGGUGGGGUCUCUGACCGAAAUAUAACUCAGAAAUCUGGACUGAUAGACAAGCUGGAACCUCUAGAUGAUGUGAUGGCUGAUAGAGGAUUCAAUAUUAGAGAUAUGGUCACAAAGAAAAAGGCCACAUUAAACAUUCCCCCCUUUGCAAAGGGGAAGUCCCUUUCAACAAAGGCAUGUACAAAAACCAGGAGAAUAGCUGCAGUUCGCAUACAUGUGGAAAAAAGAGCAAUCCAGCGGCUCAAGUGUUUCCGAAUUUUACGUGGUGUGAUACCUAUCACCCUUGCUGCAGUUGCUGAUCAGACUGUGUUUGUAUGUGCAGCACUGUGUAACUUAAUGAAGCCUCUUGUUUCAAAGUAA